AACUUGGGACCCGUGAGCUGACAAAUGCUCUUGGCCGCGGUGGUGACAGGUUGCCCAGCUUCUAACUGCCAUCUUCAACGACACUAAGGUUAACUCGGAGUGCUCUAUGGACGGCUACUUUCUCUUCCCAAGGGCGUGAAGAAUCUCCUCUUUCUCCCGUGUUUUCACCCAAAACUUCUCCUUGGAUAAUUGUCGUCUUGGAAGAAGUGAGCCUGAGUUGGACAUCCUCAUCUGGGUCACCUAAAAAAGAGCAAGCAUGCAGGACGACAGCAUAGAAGCAUCUACUUCCAUCUCUCAGCUUCUCAGAGAAAGCUAUCUGGCUGAAACCAGACAUCGCGGGGACAACGAGCGGAGUCGAGCGGAGCCUUCCUCCAACCCUUUCCACUUCAGCAGUCCUUCAGGGGCUGCCGAAGGAGGAGGGCAAGAGGACCUUCCGGAUCUGUCGGCCUUCCUAAGCCAAGAAGAGCUGGAUGAGAGUGUCAAUCUGGCAAGGCUGGCCAUCAACCACGACCCUCUGGAGAGAGUGGAUGAAGCUCAAGCUAGGAAACGUCUGUCUUCUGACAAGACGAAGCUUUCGCCCAAACCAAGCUUCGAACCUGCCUUCUGCCAAGACAGCCCUCGAGGUCCUGGCAGCUCUAAAGACAGUCCCCCGGAGACAAAGAGGCCACAGUACAGUUCUGAAAGCCAGUCUAAGAAAGUCUUCCUAAACAAGGCCGCCGACUUCAUCGAAGAGCUGUCCUCCAUUUUCAAGGCUCACAGCUCCAAGAGGAUCAGACCUCGAACCUGCAAAAACCACAAGAGCAAACCGGAAUCUCAAAACAAAGUCCUGCAGGAAAACAGCCCCGCUUUCUCAGAUCUGACAGAGAGGCGGGAAAGAGCAUCGGUACCCAUCCCUAUCCCUGCAGACAGCAGGGACAACGAGCUGAACCACGCGAUAGAACAGCGGGAAGCUAAGAGGCGGGAGGCUGAGUUGGCUGCGGGUGAGGCUGCUGCUGGAGACAGCACCCCGGGGUCUUCACCUUCGUCCCUGUACUACGAAGAACCUCUGGGGCAGCCUCCCCGCUUCACACAAAAGUUACGGAGCCGAGAAGUUCCCGAAGGAAGCCGAGUCCAGUUGGAUUGCAUAGUGGUAGGAAUUCCACCGCCCCAAGUAAGGUGGUACUGUGAAGGCAAAGAGCUCGAAAACUCCCCAGACAUUCACAUCGUGCAGGCCGGAAACCUGCACUCGCUGACCAUCGCCGAAGCCUUUGAGGAGGACACAGGGCGGUACUCCUGCUUCGCUUCCAACAUCUACGGGACAGACUCAACGUCUGCUGAGAUUUACAUAGAAGGAGUUUCUUCCUCUGACUCAGAAGGGGACCUUAACAAAGAAGAGAUGAAUCGAAUCCAGAAGCCAAAUGAGUUGUCAUCUCCUCCCACUACCUCUGCAGCCAUUCCUCCAGUAGCCCAAGGCCAGCCCAGAGUGUCCACCGUCCAGCAGUGUCAGAGUCCCACCAGCUAUUUGCAAGGACUGGAUGGGAAGCCUAUCAUCGCGGCCCCAGUGUUUACGAAGAUGCUACAGAAUCUGUCAGCCUCUGAGGGCCAGCUGGUUGUCUUUGAGUGCCGGGUCAAAGGAGCCCCGUCCCCGAAAGUCGAAUGGUACCGAGAAGGAACCUUAAUAGAAGACUCUCCAGACUUCAGGAUCUUACAGAAGAAACCUCGGUCCAUGGCAGAGCCAGAGGAGAUCUGCACUUUAGUCAUUGCUGAGGUGUUUUCGGAAGAUUCCGGAUGCUUCACAUGCACCGCAAGCAACAAAUACGGCACCGUGUCCAGCAUCGCCCAGUUGGACGUGAGAGGAAAUGAAGACGGCAGUGAUAACGGGGCCCUUCACUCCACAAACUCAAGUACCACCCUGGCUGUGGCUGAGCAACAGCCCUCCCCACCCAACCCAGAGCCUCGUUCUGAGGAACAGCCCCCAAAGCCCAAGCUUGAAGGCGUCCUGGUGAACCAUAACGAGCCCCGCUCCAGCUCCAGGAUCGGGCUACGGGUGCACUUCAACCUGCCCGAGGAUGACAAAGACAGCGAUGCCCCCUCUGGCAGUGGAGCGGCCAACGCCAGCCACACUAGGCCCGACUCCUUCCCUGAGAGGUUCAACGGACAGGAAGCCAGGACCCCAGAGCCUUCCUCACCUGUCAAAGAGCCCCCUCCGGUCCUGGCCAAACCCAAACUUGACUCCACCCAGUUACAGCAGCUUCAUCACCAAGUGUUACUGGAACAGCAGCAACUGCAAAAUGCGUCUCCUUCAUCACCCAAGGAGUCCACUUUCAACUUUAGCGCCUUGAACUCGGCUCCCCCCGCUCCCCCCGCUCCCCCGGCUCCCCCGGCUCCCCUGGCUGCCCCGGCAGUGACCAUUUCCAGCAAGCAGGUGAAGAGUCCUGCACCACAGACGUUCAACUUGGCCCGGCCGAAACAUUUCUUCCCCAUUGCAAGCACUUCCACGGCAGCUGUGUCCCCAUCCAGCUCCCCAGUCUUCACCCUGAGUAACACUCCUCAGACAAUCCAGAGGACGGUCAGUAAAGAAAGCCUUUUACUGUCUCACCCCUCUACGCAAGGCAGAUCUCCAGCAGGGCUCUCCAUCCAAAAUGAGCCCCCUCCUCCACCAGGCCCAGCAGAACCGGCAGCACCGCCACCACCACCACCGCUAGCUUAUCCCACCCCCAGUGGAAACCAGUUUCAGCCUCACUGUGUGUCCCCAACUCCCGUCUCUCCUACCGGUCGGAUUCAGAACCCAGUGGCUUUCCUCAGCUCUGUCCUGCCUUCUCUCCCAUCCAUUCCACCCACCAACGCCAUGGGGCUGCCUAAAAGCGCACCAUCCGUACCGCCCCAGGGUCUGAUGAAGAAAACCACAAAGGCUUCUCCGGCAAUGAGUGACGAUUACAUCCUGGAGACUAAGAACUCAGUGAUUCUAGACUUGGGGAAGAAAGUGAAUUUCGGUGAUCUCAGGUCACACCAGCAGGAGUAUAAAAUUUCGAGCUUUGAGCAGAGGCUGAUGAAUGAGAUAGAGUUCCGCUUGGAGCGCACGCCCGUGGACGAAUCCGAUGACGAGAUCCAGCAUGGUGAAAUCCCCACGGGCAAGUGUAUCGCACCCGUCUUCGACAAAAGACUCAAGCACUUCCGGGUGACGGAAGGCUCUCCGGUCACCUUCACCUGCAAAAUUGUCGGGAUCCCGGUUCCAAAGGUUUAUUGGUUCAAAGAUGGGAAGCAGAUCUCUAAGAGAAGUGAGCACUGCAGAAUGAGGCGAGAAGGAGACGGGACCUGCUCCCUGCACAUCGAAUCCACCAACGGUGACGAUGAUGGGAACUACACCAUCAUGGCGGCCAACCCCCAGGGGAGAAUCAGCUGCUCUGGCCACUUGAUGGUCCAGAGUUUACCCAUUCGAAACAGACUCAGCCCUGCCGGUCAGUCUCACAGGGGAAGGGCCAGAAUGCAAGAGAGAGACAAGGAGCCUCUACAGGAGCGCUUUUUCCGCCCACAUUUCCUGCAGGCCCCAGGGGACAUGGUGGCUCAUGAGGGCCGUCUCUGCCGGCUGGACUGUAAGGUGAGUGGCUUACCGCCCCCAGAGCUGACGUGGCUGCUCAAUGGGCGACCCGUGCUACCAGAUGCCUCCCACAAGAUGCUGGUCAGAGAGACGGGGGUUCACUCUCUGCUCAUCGACCCGCUCACUCAACGCGACGCAGGGACCUACACGUGCGUGGCUACCAACAAAACUGGGCAGAAUUCCUUUAGUUUGGAGCUCACCGUAGUAGCCAAAGAGGUGAAGAAAGCACCCAUGAUCCUGGAGAAACUCCAAAACAGUGGUGUUCCUGAGGGCCACCCGGUGAGACUGGAGUGUCGUGUCGUGGGCAUGCCCCCACCCGUGUUCUACUGGAAGAAGGACAACGAGACCAUCCCUUUCAGUAGAGAGAGGAUCAGCAUGCACCAGGACACAACGGGCUAUGUCUGCCUCCUCAUCCAGCCAGCCAAGAAAUCUGACGCCGGCUGGUAUACCCUGUCAGCCAAGAAUGAAGCGGGCAUUGUGUCCUGCACAGCUAGGUUGGAUAUAUAUGCUCAGUGGCACCAGCAGAUCCCGCCACCUAUGUCCAUCCGUCCCAGUGGCAGCCGCUACGGGUCUCUCAGCAGCAAAGGACUUGACAUCUUCUCUGCCUUCUCCUCCGUGGAAAGCACAAUGGUGUAUUCCUGCACUUCUCGGAGCAUGGUGGAGAGCGAUGAACUUUAAGGAUGGCUCAGUGCCUGCUGUGUGAGAGGGUGGACUUUGGAGGGGAAGGAAGACCGGCCAUACGCAGUGGUUUCCAAACAACCGCAUUUGAGUGAGUUCCCAUCCUGCUGGACCCGUGGCCAGAAGUGUUUUAAGUAAGUUGGCUGGGGCUUUUUAAGCCUUGGCUGAGGGAGAGUUAUAGGGCUGUGCAUCUUAGAGAUGCACGUAGGCAAUCCUCACAAACCAAAGGUACCAUACAACUGCCACCGCGGCCUGAGGGAGUGGGGAGCAAGCAUGCUCCCCCACACUGCGUGUAAGGGACAUUAGGCCCAACUAGGAGCAAUUAGGAGACAUAGCCAGGGCUGAGAGAAGUUAGUGACUUUAGAAUAGAUGCAAAAGAGAAAGCUGGGGAGCCCAUCAUCGCCUUUCAUGGAUUACACCCAUAGCGGUCAUCUUGGUGAAUUCACUAGAUGAGUUCCCACUUAACAUUAGAGGAUCUUGUCAUACUCCUCUCCGCCCAAGUGGUGAGACUCUUCACUUGCAUAUCCUGCCUGUGGAAUCACAUGAGAAGCCAAAACGUGCCUGAGAUUUAAAAGCAAAAAGCAAACAAAACCAACCAGGACACCCAAGAUUUCACAGUGCACUUGUUACGCAGUCAAAACAAGGCUCCAAACAAGGCUGCCACCGGCCUACCUCCAUCAUUUUAGGCAGACAGUCACACCCACACCCACCCCCAGUGCCUAGACUGGCACCAGGCACAACGGAGACCUUCACUAGACCUCUGCUGCUGAUGACAUACUCAGCUCUCUGCCAUGCUUAGGCCAAUCCAAACAUGGCCCCCAGAGUGUCUGUCACAGCAUCUGCUUCAGACAAGCCGGGGGUGUGAACUGGAGGUGUCUGGUCUGUUACCAAAUCCCUGCGCUCAGAUCCCUGGUGUUCUCUGUGCCAGGUCCCCCUCCGCCGGGGAUUUUUAGCUGGAGAUGGUAAUUGCUUUAGAAAGGCUUGAGAGUUUCUUUGCUUCAAGGCAAGGAUUUGCAGUAUAAAAAUAAAUUCAUUUACUCAAGAAAUCAGCCGUGUUGUCUACUCUGUGUAAGAUGCUGUGCCGGGUACCGUGGGCGACAGGAAAGUAGGAAUAAGGGGGCUGGAGAGUUGAUUCAGCAAAUAAAGGUGCUUGACGCCAAGGCAGAGAACCUAAGUUUGAUUCCUGGCACCCACAUGGUGAAAGGUGAGGGCUCAGUCACUCUUACAAGCUGUCCUCUGGCCUGCACACACAC